GGGAUCUGAAGGAGCACUAUUACUAUGCAUGUGCUCUGGAUUAUGCCAGAUGGUGUUUAAGUUUGCAGACAUCUGGGGUCAUUUAUUUUAAUUGUGAGGAUGAUGCCACUACAAAGCUGAAUUGGCCAACUGAAGGUCAAGUGAUAGCUGGCUUGAACUGUGCUGUUUUUUGGCACAACCUACAGUUCAAUGAAGUACAAAUGACAGCACUUUUUAAGAAUGAAGACAGGGAGGUGCAAUUGGUGUGA